AGUAUAUUGAUUUAUAAUUUUUCAGUUCACUCUUUUCCAAAACGAAUUCUAAUGUUUUGUGAACUUAUUCACUAACCAAAACGGUGCUACUAUGAAUAAUAAAUAACGGUAUUCAGUAUUCAUAGGUUUACCUUCACACGCACUGACACAUCAAUCAUAGUAACCCAUGAGUCAGCAGAAAAAAAUGACAACUCUAUUAGUCGAACUCUAACCAUGAUGGCGAAAACAGUGAAGCUACUCCGUUCAGAAGUGUGCGCGUUCAAAGAACGGUACCCCGCCGCGUCGAAAACGGCCAUCGUGCGGCACUUUGUGGACGCCGGAUACGCCCGUUCCGGCAUCUACAACAUCUUGGCACUAUUGGACAACAAUCAGAGCAUCGAAAGACUUGGUUCUGGACGGCCUACGACUCUGAGCGACAAGAAGCUUCAAAGAAUGCUGAAGAGGAAUAUCGAGGGAAAAGUGGCUACAUCGUUGCGUGCGCUUGGCCGGAAAUUCGGUGCAACCGGCCAAACAGUGAAAGAGUACCUGGCAAACAUAGGCAUACAUGUCAGGAAGCGGAAGUCCCGUCUACUGGUCUCGGAGCUGCAGGCAAUGACGCAGCGGCAGCGGCUGAAUAAGAUGGUCUAUUCGAUUUUCCCGGCGAAUCGCGACGUGGCGGGGGUGAUUGACGACGAGAUCUAUCUCACCCUGGAUGGCAACGACUGGCAAGGCACUUAUUUACUUUACUUCCCCACGAAGGAAGUAAGCUCCGAAGUGAAGUUUAUUUCACACAUCAAGUUCCCCAAAAAGGUGCUGCUGUGGCUGACAAUCAGUGAGAAGGGGAUGAAAAGCCGCUCUUCUUUAGCUCUGGACAGGCCGUGAACGGGGAAUUUUAUAGUACGAAGUGCCUGGCGGAAGUUGCGAUCGUUAGAGGAGAUGAAGCGGUUGAAUAUCGACGUGUUCCCGACUUCGUCCCAUCGAGAAUUUCUGGGCAAACCUGAAGUGUAAGAUCUACUCCAACAAUUUUGUCACGAAAACUAAGAAGGAAUUAACACCUUGGCGUCCGGCGACACCACAGUGGUUACGCACGCAAACUAGCGCCUGACUGCCGGCGACACCACAGUGGUUACGUGCGCAUAAUAUCUCAGUGGCCGGCGAUAGCACUUUAGUAUCGUUUGCAUUCUGCUGGGGUUUUGUUUAAGUAACAAUAACUUACACACACUAUCAAGUUUAAUGUUCUUAUAAAUAGGGAAGGUGGGGAAAAACGGACAUAUUAAGAAGAACUUUUAUUAUAUCUUUCGAAAUGCAGUUUCUUGCAUUUCAAUAUACUGUUUUUCGAAAUAGUCGGCCGAAUGUUUUUCAAUGUUUUGACGUAGGACAACGUCUUUCAUUUAUGUUCCGGGGUGUAAGUUCAAAGUUUCGAAAACGAGAGAGUGACGCUUGAGUGCAAGGUUUUGCACGUUAAUACCUCUUUACCGGCUGAAUGGAGCGGUAUAAUAUUCACUUCAUCCGAAAGAUAAAA